UUAAGCAAUUACUGUUUAAGAUGUUUCUUCUUAUUUCCUUUCCGAUUUUGGUUUUGCACAGUGCAGGUGUUCUGGCUAUGGACCGCCGACCAAGCCAGUUCUGUGGCCGUGGUAGCACCGGCAAUCGUAGGACGGCGACCACUACCGUCAAUCUUCCGUCUCCUUAUUACGUGCGCUCUCCGUCGGUAGCACCGCAUCGCCCAACUAUGAAUCUGUUCCCUCCAAUCUUUCCUGGCACUCAUUAUCAUGCUCAGUCUGCCGUAUCUGCAUUACGCUUCCGUUUACCCGAAUUUGCUAACUCUAUACCACGGGACACUCCAGAAUCCCCCGUCCCUGAUGAAGACAACAACGUGACCCUGUAUUACCACUCUACUCAACCGCAAAAUCACUACGGUACAACAACAGUGGGUUCGCGCCAUGGUGACAUGGAAGGCCAAUUGCUGGUAAUUCUACAACAAAUGGAACGCGUUCUUAACGGUCCAAUAGAGGUUGCAUCCGCUGGCUUCAGUGAAUUACGUGAUCUUAUCACCGAAUAUUCAUAUUACCAUCACAGGAUGGCUACGUAUCAUCGAAGCAUGCCAUACAAUAACAGGACGUUCUAUUCACUGUUUAAGCGGGCGGUGAUUUUCGACCUGCAUGGGAUGCAAUUUCUGGGCUCAUACAAGGAUAUGCGGAACCUUGGUGAGAUCAUUGGUGAACCACACUUGUCGAACUCUGCUGCGUUUCAACAAAUCAUAGCUGCCGAUCUUGUGGUGAUUCCUUUUUGCCACACCUACAAAGGAUCGGAUAAGCACAUGACUUUGGCUGUCGUUACUGGUGGUUGUAAGUUAAAAACACCUAAAGCUGUCUACCACUUCGAUUCUAGUGGAGAAGAGUUUAAAGAGCCGUGGCUCCAGUUCGUUGACUGCCUGGAGGCUUUACCUGGGAACAACUGUUUUCGUGGGGCAUUGCAGGACUGGCGUAAUCCAGUACAGAUGUUCCACGAGAACAUCCAGACAAAGGUUGUAACGCUGGAAUUAGCUUGUGGUGUCAUCGUUAUAUACCUAGCGUCGGCGGUGGUGAAAGCAUUUUGUCUGUGGAAAUUACGCGGAUCCGAUUGCGUAGACAGUGCAGUGAGGCAGUUCCAUAAUUUGUGGAAGCGCAUGCAGCUUGCAGAACAAGACCACGAUGACGAAGAAAAGCCGAAAUCCCUUCAUGAAGAACUGGUAGCUGGUGCGGGUUUGGGUGUUUUCCGUAAUGAGUGGAGCGUGGCGCGUUAUAAAGGUACAUCAUGAUUUCAUAUGUUUACUGUACUGCUCCUUUGCACUUGUCCAGACUCUUGUACGGUAUUAUCUUAAUCCACUGCAGGC